GCCUACUGCUGUUACGUCAGGAGCGGGGGGUUGCUCGUGAGGUUGCUCGUGCUUUUCCCGGCGCUGCUUCUGUCCUGUUGUCAGUCGUCGCCGUACCAACGCGGUAGCAGGACUGUCUACAUGAUCCGGCUUUGAAAACGGACAUAUCUGGAUUAUUUGACGUUAAAACUUGAGUACUGUUAAAAAAUGCAACUUGUGCAACAAUGUUGGCCAGUUUAAAGAGAUUGGAAGUGCCGACAGUGAGUGCAGCCGACUGUCUGUCCCCCAUCAGCCUUUGAAGUGAGGCCAGGAGUGUGCCCUGCUCUCCAGCCAAACCGACUCCUCCUUGUCCCUCCUGUCACCUUCAAGUGUCACACAAUAUUUUUUUGCUGUCAAGGACACAGCAAGCAAGUGAGACAAGGACCCAGGAAAACCGUGGGAUUUAAAGGAAGAAAAAACUCAUAUUUGGUGACUAUUCCACUUUACAGGCGCUAAACAUGGGGAACCAGUUAACAGAAAUCGCCCCCAACACCCCGUUCCUCCCCAGCUUCCAGUCUUUACAUGUCGUGGUGAUUGGUUUGGACUCUGCAGGAAAAACCUCACUUCUCUACAGACUCAAGCUGCGGGAGUUUGUUGAGACGAUCCCCACUAAAGGCUUCAACAUGGAGCGGAUUAAAGUGCCCAUGGGGAACUCCAAAACCAACAGCACCACGUUCCAGGUGUGGGACGUCGGCGGCCAGGACAAACUGAGGCCCCUCUGGAAGUCGUACACCAGGAGGACGGACGGUCUGGUGUUUGUGGUGGACGCAGCCGAGGCAGAGCGCAUGGAGGAGGCCAAGGUGGAGCUUCAUCGGAUCACCCGGUCUGCUGAGAACCAGGGGGUGCCCGUGCUGGUUCUGGCAAACAAGCAGGACCUGGCUGGAGCCGUGUCAGCUUCAGAGGUGGAGAAGGUUCUGGCACUGCAUGAGCUGAGCUCGUCCACCCUGCAUCACACACAGGGCUGCUCAGCGUUGGAUGGUCAGGGCCUGCAGCACGGCCUGGAGAAACUCUACGAGAUGAUCCUGAAGAGGAAGAAGAUGCUCCGACACAGCAAGAAGAAGAGAUGAGGCAGAGGAUGGCAGCGGUGCUGGGGUUGAGGUUACUUUUUGAAACACUACUUGUCUGAGGACCUUCACAGCAUCUACGUCAGUGACACUUUUGGAACUUGAGCGGGUGAAACCAUAGGGAAGCCUGUCAGCCCCUCAGACAAGUUGGGAUGUCUUCAACCAAAUUCAAUCUUUGGCUCUCAAGUCUUUUCCAAAUGUCAACAUCUCCCUUCACCCUCUAGACAUUUGGACAGACCUGCUUCCUUUAGGUUGGGUCUACUCCUGAGCACUCUUCCCUUAUGUCCCAUCCCCCAUCCUUAAAGGAGCACAACCAAGAGACUUACAGCUCCAGAGGGGGCUACUGAGGAAAAUGUGCAAUACAUAUGAUGAACACUCACUGAUGCAUUCACUCCAAUAUUGAAGGAUAUUUUGUACCACUGCUUGUACACAUUUAGUGCCAACAGAAAGCUGCAGACCUGAGCAUAGUUCCUGUUCCUUCAAGUUUCAAUGUCACACUUUACUCCAAAUCUUUAUGUUGCAUGAUGUUAACCCACAUACCUGCUUGGGAAUAUUAAGACAACACUUUUGUUGAUCAAAAGAAGACUAUUAAGAUUAUUCUAGUUUAGAAACGGCCCAAUGUUCAGUUGUGCACGUCACUGGACUGCAGUUAACAUGGGCCACCACUGUGACUGUUACAGCCUGACACGCUGAGGUUGCAGAAUCCAGCAAUGGGAGUUUAGAUAGUUUUUCACGCCACACCAAAGUUGUUUACUUGUCACAGUUCGGUGUAUUUCAGGGUUGGCUGAAUGGUUGGUUGGUAAGUUCAAACAAGAAGUUGUUUUUAUAUUGUGUACAUUUUGUUUUGUAAAAUGUCAACAUGAAUAAAUUAUUGAGAAACUUUGGCAUUA